AUGGCAGGCAGUUUUAAGUUGGUAUCAUGGAACAUAGGAGGCAUCACAUCCCCGAUUAAGCGGAAAUUAAUAAUAUCGCACUUGAGGAAACGUAAUACUAACAUUGCCUUCCUUAAAGAAACACACUUAAAAACAGAGGAAGUAUUAAAGCUUAAAUGCGCAUGGGUUAAGGAAGUCCUUGCCUCUCCCAGUGUAGGAAGGAAAGGUGGAGUAGCAAUCUUAUUAGGGAAAAAGCUGAAAUAUGAGAUAUUGGACACAAAUACGGACACAGAGGGGAAACUCCUAAUGGUUAAAAUUAAACUAGCUAAAACCCUUUAUACGCUUUGCAAUAUAUAUGCCCCAAAUAGAUAUAACUAUGAAUUCUGGGAAUCAAUCCAAGCUAAAAUUCUCUCGUAUGCUGAAGGCUUUAUCAUCUUAGGUGGGGAUUUCAACAUGGCUCCACAUUAUCCUCUGGAUAGGUGCCGACAGAAUCCUACGGCGCCCAAAACAAAAAAAGAUUAUUUGGAAACUAAAAUGUUCAAAAAGAUCAUUCGGAAUCUUAGGAUAAGAGAUAUAUGGAGAGUUCAAAAUCCUGAUUCUAGUGAAUUUACGUGUCUCUCCAUGGCACAUAAGACUCUGUCCAGGAUAGAUCUUUUUCUUCUAGAUGAAAGACUCGUAAAGCAAGGGGUAACCGCAGGCAUACUGCCUAUCUGCAAAUCCGAUCAUGCUCCCAUAUUCUUAGAUUUCCAACUUAGGGAUUUCUCUUCGGAUAGGCGCCGAUUCCUCUUUCCUAAAUUCUUGGCCUCAGAUUAUAAAUUUAAAAACUGGCUCAACCUCAAAUUUGAGGAAUACUCUCAUUUUAAUCAUCAACAUCUUAAUCAAUCAGAGCUCUUCUGGGAAACUGCCAAGGCAGUUCUUAGGGGAGAAAUCCUAGCAUACAGCAUAUCUAGGACUAAGAGCUACAAAUUGCGAGAAAAGGAAGUGGUAAAGGCCGUUACUAAUGCGUAUAAUCGCUACUUAUUACAUAGGUCAGCACAAAACUGGACAAGGUAUGCACAAGCCAAGAAGGAAAGAGAUACCUUUCUUAUCCACAGGACUACACAGAAAGAAUUGAAAUUUCAGGCCAAGAUGUACAGAUAUGGAAAUAAAUCAGGGAAACUCCUGGCCAACCUUAUUAAAGGAGACAAAGGGUCAUCCAUGAUAGAUACCAUACAAAAAGGAGAUAAAACGGUUACAUCAUCGGAGGAGAUCUUAGGAGUUUUUACAGAAUACUAUCAAGAGCUAUAUUCCCUGAGGAAAUCAAAUGUUGAUCAGAGGAAGGAACUCUGGGAUAAGAUUAGCCACCCAGUUUUAACCCCGGAGCUUUCUGAAACCCUAAACUCUCCUAUAUCUGAAUCAGAACUCAGGAUCAGGCGUCAGCAUUACGUCCUGUGCUGUAAGCCCAGCAGCGGAGCAGGCACUGGGCAGCUCGGGAUCCCAGCAUGUCCCUGCAGCCUGUUCCUGCUCAGUGUGGAGGGGACAGUCAGGACUAAGCAGCCAGAGAAGAUUCUCAUGCACCCUAAUGCCAGGAUGGAGCCGUGGGCAGCUGUGCUGUGUGCUGUGCUGGUGGUGGGCAUCGGAGGGACCUCUGGGGAACCUAAAAAUAGAACCAGUGUCAUGGAAGGGAAUCCAUACAAUAAUGAGCCAGAUGCUAAAGUCCAACAAGCGCUUCUAGAAAAUGACCAAGCUAAGAAACCCCAAGAUGGUAGAGAUAGUUCUUCCUUGGAUAAUAAUGCCUGGAGUGUCAUUAAAGAAAAACAAUCUCAGAAAAAGCCAGCAAAUGACUAUAUGGUUACUUCUGAAGUUACCACAACUACAACAGUUGGUUUGAAUGAUGACCUUUCAAAUGGAGAAAUUACUGUAAAAUAUCACACUAAUGGAAUAACUAUUGAAAAUAAUGAGUCUGCAAUCUGUGGGGGAUGCAGCAGGGAAUCUUACAAUCAGAGGACACUUGCUGACAGAUCAUUGUUAGCUGAGCACAAUAGUGGGGGUGUGGAAGUGGUGACUGGCUUAAUUUGGCCUAGUGGUCAGGAGGUUGUUGAUAAGGAGCAACUGCCUGAAGUUGGAACUACAUCUGUUACAGAAAGUCAAGAGGAUUCUGGGAGUGGAGACCAACAUGUUAGAACACAGCCAAGUCAAGUCACACACUCAAGCUCUGUGGGAAAAGCCUGGGAUCUUGGAGGGUUUAUGGGCCUAGCUACUGCCUCUCCAUCUCAUACCACCUAUACUGAUGGAAAAGGGAUACUUAAUCCUUCGGUGCACAAAGUCAUUAGUCAAGACUCUGCAGAAAUUGAUCACCUUCUGCAAGUGUCUAGAGAAACAGUCUUGGAACCUCCCUCAUCUUCAGAACCUGGAUUUAAUGAUCACAACUUGCAAAAGUCAUCAAGCCCGGAAAUUGGUAUAGAGGUAGGGAAGCCACAAGAAAUGAACCCAGUUUUGGAAGGAGUUUCCAAGAAGUCCGCAUCUCAGGAUGCUCAAGGUAGCACUGAUAUGGCAAUGGUUAAUGAGGACAUAGAUGAAGGCACCGCUGCUCCUACCUCAACUUCUGUUGGUUCACUACACCCUCCUGAACCACCUUUUGAUCAUCACGAUGGUGAGCCUAUAGAUUACUAUGAUUUCCUUGAUGAAAUUAAAAAAUGGGGUGAUGUUUGGAGACAGUCUAAUUCCCACACCACAAAUGGAGAUGUUACCAAGAAAUUCAAUGGCAAGGAAGUACCUCAGCCCAGACCAGAGCUUUAUGAUGAGUUUACACCCUUUGAGGACUCUGAUUUUUAUCCACCAACUUCUUUUUACUCAGAAGGAGAUGAAGAGGGAGGCAUUGAGGAUGAUGAAGAUGAUGAUAUUGAAGAAGUAGAUGAGGUGGAGGACAUAACUGUUAAACCCAGAGUACAGACUGUAAAGGUGAAUGAUAAGUCAACUGGUAAGAAGGAGGCCCCACAACAUACAUUUAAUCUCUAUGGAGGUAAUCUUAAACCUAAAUUCCACCCAGAAGUCAACAAGGAUUUAACCCAGACUGCUUCUGGUUCUAGUGACAAUAGCACAGAAUGUCGGAACGGAUAUGUCAAACGCAACAACUCCUGCAAGUCAGUUUGUGAUAUUUAUCCGACUUAUUGCUACAAUGGCGGACAGUGUUACAUUGUAGAAAGUACUGGAGCAUUCUGCAGGUGUAACACACAGGAUUAUAUUUGGCACAAGGGCAUGCGCUGUGAAUCCAUCAUCACAGAUUUCCAGGUGAUGUGUGUGGCAGUUGGCACAGCGGCACUCGUCGUUCUCCUCCUCUUCAUGAUGACAGUCUUCUUUGCCAAAAAACUCUACCUUCUCAAAACUGAAAACUACAAGCUGCGCAAAAGGAAGUACAGGACUCCUUCAGAGCUCCACAACGAUAAUUUUUCUCUGUCCACGAUUGCAGAAGGCUCGCACCCAAAUGUAAGGAAACUAUGCGACACUCCAUCUAACCUCUCCCCCCAUGCCCGUGCAUUGGCUUACUAUGAUAACAUUAUCUGUCAGAGCGCGUCUCCGUUAAUAGCAGAUUCACAAAACGUGCGGCUGCUCUCUGAAAACUCCAUGAAAAUCUCCAAACAGGAGGAUCCCAACGCUCCUCAGAAGGUACAGGAUCUCCCCAAAGCCUGUCUUAAGGAUGAAGAACCCUUCAAUAUACAGAACUUGCACUCGCCCAAACAUGAGGGUGGUAAAGGAGACCCUGACAUUGUGGAUGUCAACUGUGUCCUGAACAACUUAACAUGAGCAAAAGAAAGUUUGUGAAAACCAGAAAGAUGAUUGACAUCUUCUCAUAACUUCUUCAGUGCUAACGAAGCCUGUGAAUAAACGAAUCACAGCUCUCUAAAGUACUGAAAGUGUUUAAAUGUUUAAUUACCACACUGCUCCCCCUAAUGUAGCCCCAAAACCCUGGCAUGCUUUGGUGUAUUUUGUACAGAUUUUUUGGGAAAAAGACAAUACAGUGACUAUGGGAAAGUGACAGACCUGCUUCAUGUUACCAAGGAUGGGCACAGUCAGACUGGACUUUUUUUUUAUCUGUCAUGAAUAUCCCAUUCAUAGAGGGGACCUUCAUCUGGCUGAUUGUGGUAACAUUGUUCCAGACCCGCUUUUCACAAUUUAGAGAAUACACAUUUACUGGAAGUCACAGAACAUUCCUGCACUAAUGGCACAGAGCCUACAGGAAUUCUCAUUAUUGAAUAACUGCAUUCAAUAGGAUUAACCUUUUGGUUCCUGAAAGGGCAACCAUGUAUUGCACCUUCUCUCUUACAUCCAAGGGGCAAUUCUUUGGUAUCAUUAGUCCUGUUUCUUAAAUGCUGAUAUAGAUUAUUUGUUCUACAAAAAUGCAGAUUUAGGAUAUCAGAAAAACUCAAUAAAAAGAGCUAGAGAACAAAUGACAUGCAAUUAGAUUAUCCUAUACAUUUAUCAUUACUAGAUUUAAGCUGAGCUAGACAUAUACAGUCCUUGUGGCAAAUCAUCAAAAAGUCUAUAGGAGUUUAAAUUAUGAAAUCACAACCUCACAAGACUUGCACAAACAAUCAGAAACAAUACUGGACUGACAGUCAGGCACUCAAUUAGAUCAUCAAGAUCCUACCAUUUAAGGAAUUAUUCAGAUGGCAUGUAUGUGUAAAAAAGCAUUUCUUAAACUGGAGUUAAAUUGUUACUAUACAAUGAGGUUAUACAUUUUCUUACUUUUUCAUAAUUUAAUCCAAUUCUCAAAUUAAACUACAGCAUAAAAACUGAGAUAUAUAGGUAAAGGGGCAGAUACAAGCAAAGUGGUAGAUUAUAUUUCUGGUGAAAAGUCUAUCACAUAAUUUUAAGGUAUUUUAUAGUGCAUCGACUGCUGCUUCCUGCUCAAGACUGACAGUUCUGUAAGCUCCUGAGUGAGACUUUAUCUAUGUGUUUAACACGAGUUUCAGGGUCGAAAGUGCAAAAGAUAUCAUGUUCUAACAAAUGAGAGCGUGCAAUUUAUGCACUAUAAUAUCACUUUAAAUACAAAAUGCUGCCAUACUUUAAUUGUAAACAUUUUGUAAAAAAAAGAAAAAAAAAAAAGAUGGUCACUAUUUUCGAGGGCAAACACUUUUUUUUCUUUUCUUUAAGAACAAGCCCGUACUUAAAUGCAAACAAAAAGAGGUUUCAAGGUUAUUGUUAUUGCAAAACUACCAUAAUGAUUUAUGUGUACGCUGAAUAAAUUGAUCAAGACAAAAAUGAUAUGAGAUAGGUCACACACAGUGGAGAAUUUAUCCCAAUACAAAACAUUCAGAUGUAUAAAGAAACAUUCAGUUAUUCAGUGUAAAUAUAUAAUAAAUAUAAAUCUAAAUAACCAACUGAAGUUUAAAAUCCUUGUAAAAAUAACUCCUUUAGAUAUAAUGAGAAUAAACCUGUCAGCUUGCAGCAAUAAAGGGAAUUCUAGGCCGCUAGAUACCGUCAGUAGGAAAAUGUCUGUAUUCAUUUUUUAUUAAAAAAGAAUCUGAUCUGAGGUUUAAAGGGACACUGAACCCAAAUUUUUUGUUUCAUGAUUCAGAUAGAGCAUGACAUUUUAAGCAACUUUCUAAUUUACUCCUAUUAUCCACUUUUCUUUGUUCUCUUGCUAUCUUUAUUUUAAAAGCAGGAAUGUAAAUUUUAGCAGCCAUUUUGGGUUCAGCACCAUGGAUAGCUCUUGCUUAUUGGAGGCUUACAUUUACCCACCGAUAAGCAAGCAUAACCCAGGUUCUCAACCAAAAAUGGGCCGGCUCCUAUGCAUCACAUUCCUGCUUUUUUAAAUAAAGAUAGCAAGAGAACAAAGAAAAAAUGAUAAUAGGAGUAAAUUAGAAAGUUGCUUAAAAGUGCAUGCUCUAUCUGAAUCAUGAAAGAAAAAAAUUGGGUUUAGUGUCCCUCUAAAGGGACAGAAAAGUCAAAAUUAAACUUUCAUGAUUCCGAUAGCGCAUCCAAUUUUAAACAACUUUUAUCAAAAUUGCUUCAUUCUCUAGGUAUCUUUUAUUGAAGAGUAAAACUAGGUAGGGUCAUAAGAGCUCAGGACUGUGCACAUGUCUUUAGUACUCUAUGGCAGCAGGAUUUAAGCCUCUUAUGAGCCUACUUAGUUUUGUUCUUCAAUAAAAGAUACAAAGAGAACAGACAUUUUGAUAAUAGAAGUCAUUUGGAAAGGUGUUUAAAACUGUAUUCUCUAUAUGAAUCAUGAAAGUUUCAUUUUGACUUUACUGUCUCUUUAAGGUAAGUUUCCUCUUUUGUAUGACGUUGACAAGGAUGUCAGUGAAUUCUAGGUACACAAUUCUUUACGUUCUAGAUAAAGGUUCAUUCUCAUUUAGUAGCAUGAGAUAAAAGGUCUAACAAUAAUUUAAUAAUAAUAAUUUAACUACUUUAAAACCAGUUCUGGCUUUGCCUUUAACCUGAGACAUGUAGACAAGGAAUUGAUAUGUAAUGCGUGUUGUGUGGCGUGUGCGUGCGUUCCCUGCGUGUUCUGUUUUUGCUUGAGUUGGCCACGUGCUCCCGUACUGCCAUAUAUGUGUUUUCUAAAAAAAAAAGAGAGAACCUUUGCUGUGCUCAACUGACUUUUUUGUACUUUCACCUGACUUUUUUUGGAAAUACUGUAAAAUAAUGAUAAAAAAAAGAAUAAAAUGUUUUUAAAGUGAA